CACGCUCGAUGGCGGAUAAUAAUCCAUGGUAAAACUUAGAACAAAAACAGCACAAUGGCAAUACUAUCUACAAAACAAACAGAAGAUACUAUAAAAGGCACAUGGCAAACCAAAAACUAGCACUGAGGCAUAUAAACAAAGAAGUCUUACGUGGCGUGGUCAAACAAACAGCGUGGCAAAGCAUGAGGGUCCGGCAAGGAAAGGUAGGUGCGUGGUCAUGAGUAUUCAACACAGUCCAGUAGGUAAAGAAGCCAGGCCGAGGAAAGGAAAAUAAAUGACUUAAAUACUGCUGUGGUAAUUAGAACCAGGUGUGAGAGGCUGAGAAUCGGGGCGUGACUAAGGGGACCAGGUGGAAACUAAUGGGUUGGCAUGGAAACAAACAAAACCAGGAAGUGCAAAAUGUGAAGCAAGAGUCCAAAAACAAAACAAAACAUGACCAAACAUAAACCUGAUUUACAGGCAUGACACGGAUGUUAUCAACACAUCGCUAAGUAGAGAUCUAAUGUGAGAGUAAAGUGUUGUGAUUGUGUGAAAAUGUGUGAAAGAACCAUAGCUAAGUAUGCAGAGGAAUUUUGACCAAAAAAAGAGGAGAAUGAGCGAGAAUAUCAACUACUGGACGCUGUUUUCAAGAAAAUUCAAGUUGUGUUACACAGAACAGACGUCCAGCAGCCCCCUCACACUAAAGAGGAAGAGGAGAUACCACAGCCCCCCCACAUGAAAGAAGAAGAGGAGGAAGUGUGGAUCAGUCAGGAGGGAGAGUGUCCUGUAGGGCAGGAGGAGGCUGAUGUCAGCAAGUUUCCACUGACUGUUGUCUCUGUGAAGACUGAAGAGCAUGAAGACAAACCACCUGAGUCCUCACAGCUUCAUCACAGUCCAAAUGUCGAAGAACAUCUUUUUCGUGAGCAGGAAGAGGAACCACAGCCCCCCCACAUUAAAGAGGAAGUUGAGACGCCACAGACCCAUAAUGUUAAACUGACCCUUCACAUUAAAGGGCAAGCGGAGGACCCACUGAACUUACACAUCAAAAAUAAAGAGGAGGACCCACUGAACCCUCACAUUAAAGAGGAAGAGGAAGACCAAGAGCCGCCGCACAUUAAAGAGGAAGAGGAGGACCAAGAUACGCCGCACAUUAAAGAGGAAGAGGAGGACCAAGAGCCGCCGCACAUUAAAGAGGAAGAGGAGGAAGAGGGCAUCAGUCAGCCUAAAUGGUUGGAGGAGUUCCCAGUGACUGGUGUCCCUGUGAAGAGUGAAGAUGAUGAGGUGAAAGGUGAAAGUGAGGAGAGGGGAGGGGGGGAGCCUCCAAGCAGCAGCUCAACACAACACAUGACAACAGAAGCUGAUGGAGACCACUGUGGAGGAUCACAAGCAGACAAGCUCUUAGCUCCACUAUCAGAUAGUGAGGACACAACGUCACACUCUCCUGACACUGAUGAUGAAGACUCUAAAGAUGAUAAGACAUGUCACACUGACAACACUCACUUCACAUGUUCUCACUGUCACAAAACCUUUAAAUACCAUUGUAGUCUGAAAGUACACAUAAGAUCACACACUGGAGAAAAACCUUUUUCUUGUUCACUCUGUAGUAAAGGUUUUACACAACGUCAGAAUUUGAAAGUACACAUGAGAACACACACUGGUGAAAAACCUUUUUCUUGUUCAACCUGUGGUAAAGGUUUUACAAAUAGUACAGAUGUGAAAACACACAUGAGAACACACACUAGUGAAAAACCUUUUUCUUGUUCAAUCUGUGGUAAAGGUUUUACAGAAAGUCAGAAUGUGAAAGUACACAUGAGAACACACACUGGUGAAAAAACUUUUCCCUGUUCAAUCUGUGGUAAAGGUUUUACAAGAAGUCAACAUUUGAAAGUACACAUGAGAACACACACUGGUGAAAAACCUUUUUCUUGUUCAAUCUGUGGUAAAGGUUUUACAGAAAGUAAUAAUUUGAAAAGACACAUGAGAACACACACUGGAGAAAAACCUUUUUCCUGUUCGACCUGUGGUAAAGGUUUUACAAAUAGUACAGAUGUGAAAACACACAUGAGAACACACACUAGUGAAAAACCUUUUUCUUGUUCAAUCUGUGGUAAAGGUUUUACAGAAAGUCAGAAUGUGAAAUUACACAUGAGAACACACACUGGUGAAAAAACUUUUCCCUGUUCAAUCUGUGGUAAAGGUUUUACAAGAAGUCAACAUUUGAAAGUACACAUGAGAAUACACACUGGUGAAAAAGCUUUUUCCUGUUCAACCUGUGGUAAAGAUUUUACACAAAGUCAAAAUAUGAAAGUACACAUGAGAACACACACUGGAGAAAAAUCACAUUCCUGUUCAAUCUGCAACAGAAGCUUUUGUGACCGAUCAAACCUUUUAGCACACAUGAGAAGACACCCAGGAGAGAAAGUGUUGAGUUGCAGUGUGUGUGGUGAAAGAUUGUCUUCUAAGUAGCAGUGUAAGAAACACAAGUGUGCUGGUGAGAACAGCAGCAGCAAAUGAAACUGCAGGAUUUGAAAUAAACUGUCCAGACUUUCAUUUUGACUUUCUAACAACAUCAGCACAUAUAACAUGUGUGACAUUGUUGUUUGUCCAACAAUCUUUUUAAUAUGCUUCUACAUUUAUAGAUUAGAUAGUUGGAAAUAUAAAAGUAUUACUUAUUUGUACUUGUAAUUGUUGAUAAUCCCAUAGAUUAUCACCUUUAUAUGAUAUACAUAUGUACUGGUUCACAUCUGAAACAUCUUCUGGACCACUUCAGGAAGCAUAUUAUUAUUUACUUUAUACAUCAUUUAAACAGUUGUCUUUUAUACAAUUUUAAAAUGUGUGACUUUAUGAAUCAUUUGUUGGGUCUCUGUAAUCCAUUUUAUUAAUCAUCUUUACUACUCUCUUUUGUAAUAUGAUGAUUGUGUUGUGAUUUUUUUAUACUUUAACUUAAUAUGUAUGUACUUGUUCGUUUAUGCAAUAAAAAGUGAGAGAAAAUGGCUGAGUUGUCUGUGGAAGGAUGUUUUGUUUUUACUAACAUACAUUUGUGGGUUAAAAAAAAAUCCCCACUAUUGUGUUUUAAACAUUCUUUACCUUUUUUAACAUCCCCAAAACAAUAUCAAUCAAAGUUUGGAAUGUCAGGCAAAAGCCAAUAUUGUACAUCAUCUCACAGAGCUUUAUUUUGCAUACAUUCAUGAAAAAAAACCGUUUAAUUUGUUUCCCUAUCACAGAACGAACAAGUGUUGUCUUCAAUUGCAAAACAACAUCUUAAAAAAUAUUUUAAAUUUUUUCCUUAAAUUAACUCCUUGGCGUUUGGAAGAAUGGAAACUUUCAAAUUAUGAGUUUUAUUUUUUUGUUCCGGAGAAAAUACAAUAAAGAAGAAAUGGUAAAUAAUUAAAAAAAAUAUAUAUAUAUAUAUAUUUACUGGAAUUACAAUAUUUUGAACAAAAGCCUUUAUAAUUGCUUAAAAUAUUGUGUCUGUUUGCAGGUCAUACUUAAUGAAAUCUUCAAAUAAUAAAAUACUUUAUCAGUCAAUAAGUGCAUCAGUGACCAAAUGCCUUUUUCAAACCAUUGCUGUUCAAAGAUGGAUUUGUUUCUCAUUUUAAUAUAAGAACAAUUCCAUAGUGGAGUAUUGUGUGUGAUGAAGUUGUGUUUGUAAAUUAGUUUCCAGUACAACAACACUUACUGGUAGGGAUGGGUACUGUUCACUUCUAAUUCCAUGUUUUAUGUGUUAUAUAUGUCAAUAUAUUGUGUGUUUGUAUUUUGCCAACAUGGUAGAAUCACAUGGGGCUUCACGGUGGCAGAGGGGUUAGUGCGUCUGCCUCACAAUACGAAGUUCCUGCAGUCCUGGGUUCAAAUCCAGGCUCGGGAUCUUUCUGUGUGGAGUUUGCAUGUUCUCCCCGUGACUGCGUGGGUUCCCUCCGGGUACUCCGGCUUCCUCCCACUUCCAAAAACAUGCACCUGGGGAUAGGUUGAUUGGCAACACUAAAAUGGUCCCUAGUGUGUGAAUGUGAGUGUGAAUGUUGUCUGUCUAUCUGUGUUGGCCCUGUGAUGAGGUGGCGACUUGUCGAGGGUGUACCCUGCCUUCCGCCCGAUUGUAGCUGAGAUAGGCGCCAGCGCCCCCCGCAAAGAAAAUGGAUGGAUGGAAUUACUGUCUUUUGUAAUAUGAUGAUUGUGUUGUGAUUGUUUCAUAUGUAUGUCCCCAGACCUUUAUGCAAUAUAAAAGUGAGAGAAAAUGGCUGAAUUGUUUGUGGAAGGAUGGCUUUGUUUUUCAAACUUACAUUCGUGGAUAAAACAAAAACUCCUAUUAUUGUGUUUUAAACAUUUUUAUGGUUGUUUUUCUUUUUAACAUCCCCAAAACAAUAUCAAUAUCAAUCAAAGUUUGUCUUUUUAGGCAAAAGCCAAUAUUGUACAUCAUCCUACAUAGAUUUACUUUGCAUACAUUCAUAAAAUAAACAGUUUAUUUUGUUUCCCAAUCACAGAACGAACAAGUGUUGUCUUCAAUUGCAAUUCAAUAUCCUAAAAAUGAUUUUAAGUGGUCAAUUCCGGGGUUGUUUUUUUUCCAAAAUGAACCCCUUUGCCUUUGGAAGAAUGGAAACUUUCAAGUUCUAUUUUUUUUAAUAUACUAUUGAAGAAAUAGUAAAUAAUUACAAAAGAUGGUAUGCUGUAUUUAGAAUGUUUUUUACAAAAGCCUUUUAUUUUUAGUAAUUAUUUUUAUUUGCAGGUUAUAGUUAAUGAAAUCUUCAAUUCAUAAAAUACUUUUCUCAGUCAAUAAGUGCAUCAGUGACCAAAUACCUUUUUCAAACCAUUGCUGUACAAAGAUGGAUUUGUUUCUCAUUUUAAUAUAAGAACAAUUCCAUAGUGGAGUAUUGUGUGUGAUGAAGUUGUGUUUGUAAAUUAGUUUCCAGUACAACAACACUACUCUAGCCUUGACUGGAGGGCAAAGCAGGUCUAAAUAGCAACCGGCCUAUUGACAGUCCAGGUGUGGCCAGGUGCCAAUCAGCCGCAUCUGAGGGGAAACAGCUCUCAGAGAGACAAGCAGGAAACUGAACCAAAAUAAGAGCGCUUACAGGAAAUAAAAACAAACACAGAGGAAAAAACAUAACUAAACUGUCAGUGACAAAUUUGACACAUUUAUUAAAAAAACAAAACUUCUAUUUGUUAAUAUGAAGGUGAAAAUGUAACAAAGACCAGCAUAUGUUUAAUUGAACUGUUUACAAAAGUUUACAAUUCAGAAACUAUUGAUAGAAGUGUUUCAUGCUUGUAUAGGAAAUCAUAUUUAACUUUAUAUGUUAAAACAAAAUGGGAGAAGGAAGGAGGGAUAACUACAUCUGAGGAAGAAUGGACAUUAAAAAGGAGAUAUCAAUGGACUUGUAGCAGCUCACCCAAGUGGAGAGUUUGGCUGGGAAAGUUUUAUUCCACCUUCUCAGAAGUCUCAGUAUGAUAACAACUCCCCUGCCUGUUGGACAAAUUGUGGGAAUCUAAAGGCAAACCACUAGCAUGUUUUCUGGGACUGCUCUGCCAUAAAGGACUAUUGGAAAGAGAUACACCAAGCUCUACAGGAUAUUUUCAAAUCACCCCUUGAAAGUAACAUUCUGUUUUUCACACAUCGCACCUCAGGAUUGGCUGAAAAAAGAGAAAUACUUCAUGAAUAUCCUACUA